AUGUCCCUGCUCGUCUCCCUGCUCCUCGCUCGGCCGGGCGGCGGCUCGGGUGGUGCGGAGGCGCCGCCGCUGCGCGUGCGCGCGCACGGGGCGGCGCUGGAGCACGCCUGCUGUCGCCGCCACGGCCCGACGCCCGGGGCCGGACGCCGAGUCAGACAAACUUUUGGCGAGGACCGAGAGCAUCUUCUCACCGAGCAUCUUAACGCCGACCCGCUCUCCUGCAACGAUCCGCGGGGGAGGGGCUCGUGUGAUCCGGCCGAAGCGGCGGCGCGUGGCGCGCACACGCCCCGCUCGCCCGCGGCCGCUGUGGCAUGCCCGGCGAGAUUCAGCUUUGCCCCCUCGGCGUUGUUUACGAAGCUGACCUCGCUGCUGUGCUUCGGGCGCGGCGGCAUUCGUGGCAUCCUAUGGGUCGUCCAGAGUAUCGACCUCUGGCGAGUCAGCCAGCCCCACUUUGAGGGCGCCAUGAAGCCCCCCCCCGACCGCGUCGAACUCAUCGGCGCGGGCUCUCUCGGCUACGGGACCGGCCCCAGCUUCGGCUGA